UCAAGAAUUUACGUGAAAAUGUUUGAGCUGUUCAUAGUCUCAUUUGAAGCAACAUGAUCGCGAUUUGAUGUAAUAAUCAUGUUAAGAGAAGCAAUACAAUGGUGCACAAGUUGAAAAUCGUCCUGGUUGGCCCUUGCAAGGCCGGGAAGUCCACGGUGGCGAAUUUCCUGUCAAGCAAUUCAGAAAAUUCGUUCCCCGAAUAUCGACCCACCAAAGGCGUGAGGAUUCUGGAAUUUGAGAAGAAGGACGUCGUUGGAAGUGGAACAAUCGAAAUUGAACUAUGGGAUACCAGUGGAGAUCACGGGUAUGCAGUGUGUUGGCCGGCAAUACAAUACAGGGCCCAUGGUGUGAUAUUAAUGUUUGACCCUAAAAUUGACAACCACAAGUCUGAGCUGCUAUUUUUCUACCAGGCGUUUGUCGCUCAGCUGAACCUCAGUCCUAGACAAUGUUUGAUCAUUACUCAAAAUCAAACUGUAAAUUUGCCAAACAUCCUCGGAAAAAUUUGCCAGAUUAACGGAAACAUUGAAAAAAAUGGAGAUCAGCUGAAGUCAGAAUUUUUCAAAUUUAUUGAUGAAAUAAUACGUUUUGCCACAAUUUCAGAGGAAUAGAUUUGCAUUCAAAAUAUGGACAGUGAUGAAUGACACAAAUCCAAUCCAAUUCCACAAUGAUUGACUGAACUUUUCAAUAAAAAGCAUUGUAUAGCCUGGGUAAAUCAUGCUUAAAAAUAUAUUGCAUAUAAUUGAGUGAAAUUAAAAAAAAAAA